AUGAUGAAAACCUUUCAGAAAUGGCAAAAGGGAAGCGCGACGCCCGACAUGAAGCGCAGCAACAGCAACAAAAAGGAUGACGAUAUCUUGCACCUCAAGCUUGAUCUGCGCAUUCAAAUCGCGUCGGAUUUGCAUUUGGAGUUCUAUGGGAAACCAAACCGUAUACCAUCCGACAUUAUCCAACGGAGAGCUCCGGUUUUGGCAUUGCUUGGUGAUAUUGGAAUGGCAUGUACCGACAUAUUGAGAUUCUUUCUCUUGCAACAGAGCGAUCAGUUCGAGCAAGUCCUGUUUGUCGCUGGCAACCACGAAUUUUACAAUCACCCGAAGGAGCUGAAACCAAUCACGGUUCAACAACAACUGGAAUGGAUUCGUCAAGUAUGCCAAGAACGAGACAAUCUGCACUUUUUGGAACGACAAGCUGUGGAAAUUCAAGGCGUGAGGAUUCUAGGGACCACCUUGUGGUCCAAUAUUCCCAAACAACAGAGUCGACACGCCGAAGAAGGAAUGAACGACUAUCAACUCAGUUAUAUCAGCGAUCAUUUUGGGUCUGUCCAACAUAUGACCGCCAAAUACACCAAUUCCUGGCAUAGUUUGAGCGUGUUCUGGCUGGAACAGCAGAUCCAACGGGCCAAGCACGACGGCAAGCCGGUGGUUGUCCUGACCCAUCAUACCCCCUGCACGGAGGCAACUUCUCAUCCCAUGUACGCAGACAGCUCGUAUUCGUGCUGCUUUUCGUCCGACUUGGUGCAUUUGCUGCGUGAUCCUGUGAAGGUGUGGUGCUGCGGCCAUACGCACUACAACUUUGAUUUGGUGAUUGAUCAAGAGAAGAAGAAGUUAGUGCCGUCAUCAUCGUUGGCAAACAAAUCGACAGGAGGAACAAGGCUAGUUUCCAAUCAAAGAGGUUAUCCUGGCCAAGAUAAAAUGGAUUAUGACAGCCAAGGGCUAGUGGUUCGGGUCUCCAACCAGCCCUAG